GAAUAAUCUCAGAAAACCUGCGUAUUUCUGUGUCAAAGCCAAGUCUUUGCAGAACAAACGUCUCCAUAAUGAAUAAAAACAUCAAAUUCCUCCAAACAUAAGAAGAAUCAAGUGAUUAUAAGAGUCCUGACAGCUGGCCUGAUCUUUGAAUCAAACUGAUUAUAAACCACCCGCUGCUCUCCUCCACACACAUGCUUCCACACAAAGAGCGGAUUGGACAGUAGCUAAUGAGAUGACUGCUAAUCCUCGGGGCUGAAGGUAAAAAAGUAAUGGCCCUCUCCUCGUCGCGCACCAACACGACACAAAACCCACAUUCAGAAAGAAACAAACAUCAAACAUCACAUGGGGUCUGUUUGAGGGAAAGAAGAGGAUCAGAGGUCAAGGAAGGGGACCGGAGGAUAAAACCGAGGCUUUUUUGUGYGACCGGCAACAAGAAGAUCCUUUAGGGAAGGGAGGGAGGAAGGAAGGAGUGGAGGAAGGAGAGGAAGGAAGGAGCGACACUAAUUAGAGCUACGUCCUGCUCUGAGGCAGGCCAGAGGCCAAAACAGGACAGGAGGUGUGAACUCUAAGGUUGCUGCCAUGGCGAGGUCUGGUCGCCCGGCCUCUGAGAGUUACCAGUCCGUUUGCUGCUCAGUGGGUCAGGCCUUGACCUCCACUGGUGAAGCUGGGGUUUUGGAGGACGAGGACGACCGGGCGCCCAUUUUCUCCCUCUCCAAGAGCUCCGUGGACGUCGUCGUGGCGGCGGGCUCGCCGCACAAGCGGGACCCCGCCUGGACCAGGCUGAACCUGAAGCGCAGCUCCAGCACCAACACGCACUCGGACCAGAACCGGGGCACGCUCCAGCGGCUGCGCCACGACAAGUGGCGCCACAACAGCCACCAGUUCUCGCCCACCACCCAGAACGAGGACCUGAUGAGCCCCCCGCCGCCGCUCAGCGAGCGCUGGCUCUCCAACACGCAGCGCUGGAGCGGCUGCAGCAGCAGCACGCACAGCCGCAGCAGCACGCCCGACACCGUCGUGUGGAAGGAAGGCYCGUCGCGGCCCGCGAGUCUCAACCAGGACGCUGCUCCCGACUCGCCCAUGUCCAAAAUAACGUCUCCUCCGACCACACCCUCGCCGUUCAUCUCCCCCUUUCACAGCCCUACUUCACCACCCGAGGAUCUUUUGGCUUCGCCCUCUUCCUCCCCGUUAAACAUGAGCGCACAGCGGCUCCCCGAACCUGCCCUCUGUUCCACCGGCUCCUCGGAGAAGCUUUUGUUUCAGUUCCCUUCCCCGGUCCCGUCACGUUUCAGCUUGGCGGAUGCAGAGGGGUGUUCAGACCCUGCRUACCUCGUCAACAAUAUAAUCAAAGAGCCGCCCAGUCCUGGAGACAACCAGGGGUUGGAAAGAAAAGCUGCGAGUACCGCAUCGCAAAUGAGCCACAACUCAGAGGCAAACUCUUUCGAAGCAAAACCGGACAUCAGAACAUCGGGUUGUCAUGAGCUGCCAGGGCAGGUAGAUCGAAACCUUUUACUGGAGCAAGGCUGGAGAUCACCGCUGGUUUCUUCCCUGAGCGAUUCACAACUGGGGGACYACUCCAGGUGCAACACGACCCCCCUGAAAGGAGCUCUGAAGACUUCUAAGAUGUACAAAGAAGAAGCAACAAUGACUUCUCAGCUGGACAUGGUGGACGCUGCCGUGCAGACAGUCUCUCCUUUAGGCUCCAGCUGUGACCUCCAGAGGGACAUGUCCACCUCCAACACUGGGUUGCAUUCUCUCCUGGGUUCUCCGCCUGGAUCCAGACUGAACCUGAAGUCUCCCACGGGAUCCCACUCCAACCUGGUUUCGGCCUCUUCCAGCAUGUUCCCCGUAAGCAGCGGUGAAGAGGAGGACAAGAAGAAGGGAGGCCCGGAGUGGGACGUCGCCUCUGGCUCCCCAAGCAGUUUGGAGAGGAGGAGGUCGUGUCUGAAGCUGCAAGCGGAGGAGCGAGAAGACCGUAGCAGGAGGGGCAGCAUGAAGCAGGUGCAGUGGGACGAGGAGGGCUUGACGUGGGACAUCCACGGCGCCGCCGUGAACCCCGAGGAGCUGAGCAGCGCCAUCCAGAAACACCUGGAGCUCAAGAACAGCCCCAAACCCCCGAGGCCUUCCUCRAAGAAGAAGAAGGCGCCGAUGCCUCCUCUCAUAUCCAACAUGGUGACRGCGAUGGAUCCUGACGUGAGCCCRCCCGCCAUGAGCAUUAAGUGCUUGGUGGAGGGCGAGAGCGAGGUAACCCUGGCUCCAGGAGGAGAAGAGGGGAAGCAGGAAGCGGAGGGCAAAAGGCAGGAGACGGAGGGGGCGAAUCGCAGGAGAAGCAGAACUGAGCAAGAAAAUGCAAAAAAUAUGGAGGGGAAGGAGGCGCAACAAGAGGAGGAGGUCAGCAGCGUGAGGUCACCCACAUGUGAGAGGAAACACAGCAAGAAGAAGACUAAGAGUGGAUCUCUGAUGAGGAGGGGAUGGUGCGGAGGCUCCAGAAAGACAGACGACUGAUGCUGGACACUGACU